GUCUCACCCCACUUCUCUCUCUUUUUUUUUCCUUUUCUAACUCAACUCAAAACUCAAAAACAUGGCAAGACUUUCCACUUUGCUUAUCUUGUUUCUCACAUCUUUUCUGGCUGCAACUUCAGUGUCUUUUGCUUCGGUUCAAGACCCUGAAACUGUUGUACAAGACGUACACCGGAGCAUCAAUGCCUCUAGGAGAAACUUGGGCUACUUGUCAUGCAGCACAGGAAAUCCCAUUGAUGAUUGUUGGAGGUGCGACCCUAACUGGGAGAAGAACCGUCAGCGCCUGGCCGACUGCGCAAUUGGGUUCGGUAAGGACGCCAUUGGAGGCAAAAAUGGCCGAAUCUACGUGGUGAGUGACGCCGGAAACGAUGACCCUGUAAACCCCAGGCCAGGAACUCUUAGACACGCGGUGAUACAAGAUGAACCAUUGUGGAUCAUAUUCAAGAGAGACAUGGUGAUCAAGCUGGAGAAGGAGCUGGUGAUGAACUCGUUCAAGACGAUCGACGGUCGAGGAGCGAGCGUUCACAUUGCCGGAGGGCCGUGCAUCACUGUACAUUAUGCGUCCAACAUCAUCAUCCAUGGCCUCCACAUCCACGACUGUAAGCCUGGAAGUAGUGGCGAUAUCAGAAACUCCCCAGAACAUUCCGGGUAUUGGAGAGUAUCGGACGGUGAUGGAGUGUCGAUAUUUAAUUCGAAAAACGUCUGGGUUGACCACUGCUCGCUUUCGAAUUGCCAGGAUGGACUCAUUGAUGCCAUCCAUGGAUCCACGGCUAUAACUCUCUCUAACAACUACUUCACUCAUCAUGACAAGGUCAUGCUUUUGGGACACAGUGAUUCGUACACUCAGGACAAGAACAUGCAGGUCACCAUUGCUUUCAAUCAUUUUGGAGAAGGCCUUGUUCAAAGAAUGCCAAGGUGUAGACACGGUUAUUUCCAUGUGGUGAACAACGACUACACGCACUGGGAAAUGUACGCCAUCGGAGGCAGUGCAUCACCUACGAUCAACAGCCAAGGCAACAGGUUCCUGGCGCCGGACGCGCGGUUCAAGAAGGAGGUGACAAAGCACGAGGAUGCGCCAGAGAGCGAAUGGAGGGGCUGGAACUGGCGCUCCGAAGGAGAUCUCUUCCUCAAUGGAGCUUUCUUCCGCCAGUCCGGGGCUGGUGCCUCCUCCUCAAGCUAUGCUAGGGCUUCCAGUCUCGGUGCCAGGCCUUCUUCUCUUGUUGGCUCUAUCACUGUUGCUUCUGGUGCCCUCAACUGCAGGAAGGGAUCUCGUUGUUGAGCUAUGCAGUAAUAGGUGAAAAUGGCCAUUUUUUGAAGUGAUCUUGAAUUUGGUCUAAUUGUGAUAAUUUUUUUUUGCAAAACUGUCUAAAAUUUCAGCGUCGGACAUUUUGCAAAAAAAUUAUCACAGCUAAGGCAAAAUACAAAAUAAUUUAAAAAAAUAAGCCAUUUUGACAACAAAAAAAACCCUAUAUAUAAAUAACUGCUGGUGUAGCAAUAUAGCUAAGUUUACUUGUUGCCCCAGUAGUUUAAAUUAAUCAAUUAGUAUGUCACGUACCAUAUUUAAUUAUGGUCAUUUUGUAGUUUUCUUAAAUUUUAAUGUUUUUGAGAAAAUUUUAUGUUUUUUUUUAAUCUUAGUAUCAACCUCUGCCUACUAGCUAUAGCUAGCUUAUUAGCUUGUAACUUCAAUCAUUAAAAGCCAGUACAAUUGUAGUGAGCUGCAUAGAUCGAGCAAUAGCAGAA